AUUUUUUUUUUCCUCUCUUCUGUUUAGAACGGGACUCGUUCAUUUCUGAGUGAGUGUUGUGAUUAAACCCAUCUAUGUUAUUUAAUUAGUUACCGAAGCUUCUCUGUUUCUCACAAAUAAUAGCUGAGUUAUGGAAAAAGCAACAGCAACAGUAAGGGUGACAGCUACUCACAGCAAGUGCAUCAAAUUCCUAUGGGGCUUGAUUCUCCUAUUGGCUCAAUCCAACUCAGUUGCAUCAAAUGCCAUCGUCAAGAGCUUACCGGGCUUCCCUGGCGAGCUACCAUUCCUACUUGAAACUGGGUACAUUGGAGUAGGAGAACUAGAUGAAGAGGUUCAGCUAUUUUAUUACUUCAUUGAAUCGGAGGGGCAGCCAGCAACUGAUCCACUUGUGCUUUGGCUCACUGGAGGCCCUGGUUGCUCAGCUCUCUCUGGUCUCAUGUAUGAAGUUGGUCCACUAGGUUUCGACUACAAAAGGUCUUGUGAGAUACAGACACCAGUUUUAGUGUUGAACGACUACUCUUGGACUAAGGUUGCCAACAUUAUUUUCUUGGAUGCAUCAGUUGGCACUGGAUUUUCAUAUGCAAAAACUUCAGGGGGAUACAACACUAGUGAUGAAAAAUCAACUGCAGACACUUACAUGUUUCUGAGAAAGUGGCUUCUGGUUCACCCAAAAUUUCAAAAAAAUCCUGUCUACAUUGCUGGUGAUUCAUAUUCCGGUAUCGCUGUUCCAGUCAUUGUCAAGAAAAUAUCUGAUGGUAACAAAGCUGGAAACUUACCACAAAUUAAUCUCAAAGGUUAUGUUCUAGGGAACCCAUAUACCGAUAAUCAAUAUGAUUUAAACGCAAGAGUUAACUUUGCCUACAGAGUUGGACUUCUAUCUGAUGACCUCUAUGAGGAAACUAAAUUUGAUUGUCAUGGAGAGUUUGCUUUCCCAAAUAAAAGUGAUGCUGGAUGUAUUGAACAUCUUGAGAUGGUCAAUCAGUGCCUAAAAGACAUAAACCCUCCCAUGGUAUUGGAACCAUUAUGUAGCUCUCUCAAUACAAAGCCAAACAAGCUCAACUCUGGUUCAAGCCAUCCUGGGGUUAAUGUCUCAGAUUCACUCCUUUCAGAAGUUAAUCCUAUUGGGCGAUGGUGCAGGGAUUAUAAUUAUAUCUUCAUAAACAUCUGGGCUAAUGACAAAGUAGUACAAGAAGCUCUGCAUGUUAGAAUUGGAACUAUUAAAGAGUGGGACAGGUGCAAUAGAAGCUUAUCUUAUGUGGAAGACAUAAGAAGUAGCCUUGAUUAUCAUCGAAACUUAACCAGCGAAGACCUUAGAGCUAUCGUUUACAGUGGAGAUCAUGAUAUGGUUAUUCCAUAUGUGGGCACCGAGGAAUGGAUACGAUCUCUGAAUUUGAAAGUUCCUUCUGAUGGUGAGUGGAGGCCAUGGUUUGUCGAUGGACAAGUUGCAGGUUAUACAGAGAUGUACAGAGAGAAAAAGUACAGCUUAACAUUUGCUACUGUAAAGGGAGGAGGUCACACAGCUCCAGAGUACAAGCCCAAGGAAUGCUUUGACAUGAUUAGUAGAUGGUUUGCUUAUUACUUUCUUUAGGAUAACACCUUUUCGCGCUCUUGUGAGUGAGCUAGCUAGAUCUAAUGAGAAAGAAGGCUAGUGUUCCUCCCUUUACUUAUGAUGCAAUAAUGAGACACUUUCUAGCUGCUCUCAAUUCUUAGAC